UGUGCGCCUCUUAAAAAUGUGUCACACAUUGAUACGUCAAAGUAACACAAAUUAGUUUUGUAAAAUUAAGUUUUAUGAAGUUUUUUACACGAAAGAUUCUUCAAUGGACUGUAAGGAUAUUAAGGUAGAGGUGAAGGAAGAGUUGGUCUAUGAAGAUAUUAUUGUUAAGGAAGAAUAUUCCCUAGAGGAGCAAGAAGUCCAGUACGAUCAACUAGAAGAAAUUCCCAAAGAGAGCAAACCUCCGGUAAUUAAAUUCGAGAUAACACAAAUUGGUGAUCAGCCUAAAAAGAAAAAACGAAAAAUCAGAUGUCAGAUUUGUUGGAAGUCAUUUGAGAAUAAGGGCAGUCUCAGAGCUCAUAGUAUAGUCCACAGAGGAGAGGAGAAUUUCCACUGUUACUUCUGUUCCAAAGCAUUUUCCCGGAAAACUAGCCUGCGACAGCAUUUGAUUAUCCACGUGGAAAAGCAUCCAGUGGUUUGCAGUAAAUGCAACAAGCCUUACAAGAAUUCCAAAUGCCUGAAACAACAUAUGGCCAGGCACCUUUCCAAGCGACACAUAUGCAAUACGUGUGGAAUGCGCUUUAUAUUCGUAACAGAACUCAACAGUCACAUCCUCAAAGUGCACAAAGAAAAGGACUUUCAGGAAUUAUUUAAGCAAGAAGUCUGCAAAUUUUGUGGUAAAAAAUUCUACAAGAAAUACGACUAUGAUGCCCAUCAAUCUGUCCACAGCAAUGAAAGACCAUUUGAAUGUUCUGUUUGUUUUAGUAAAUUCAAAGCAAAAUCCUAUCUGAGGAUUCACUUUAAGAACAAACAUUCUGACACUAAACCCAUCAUUUCCUGCAAUGUCUGUGGAAAAAUAUUCAAUAGAAAAGCAGAUAUGGAUUUUCACAAGAUAAUCCAUGCACCUGAGAAGAUUAUACCAUGCAAUUACUGUCAUAAAAAAUUCGCUCACACAAAGUACCUAAAAAAUCACAUGAAAGUCCACAAGGAUUUGUUUUUACCCCAUCCCAUUAAUUCAGUUUAUAUUAAACCAGAUCCAGAUUAUCCUGGUGAUAUGGAUCAAAAAAUAGAGACUAAUGGACAAAAUGUACAGAAAAAAGUGAUUUUGUCGAAAUAAUUGAACAAAAAAAAACAAUACCGAAAUGAGAAUUAAUUAAAUAAUUACAUUAUAAAAAAA